AUGAAACGCAUCAAUAUCAAUUUUACCGAUGAUCCCAAUUAUCGUUACAAGAUGCCGGUCAUGGAGGUCCGCUCCCAGGGUCGUGGCAAUGGAGCACAGUUUGUCAUCGAAAACUUGAAGGAUGUCGCUCUCGCCCUUCAUCGGUCCCCAGAGGAAAUAACCAAGUUUUUUCAGCUAGGGUUUGGAAACUUCGGGCGCUACAACCCAAGUGAGGGAUCCGUGACUUUUACUGGCAGCGCCACCAUUGCUGAGGCAAGCAGGGUUCUCAAGGAUUACGUGUUCACACAUGUCUUAUGCCAGGCCUGUUCUAACCCUGAGACAUCAUACAUUCUUAAGGAGAAGGGCCUUUCCAUGGUCUGCGCCGCGUGUGGGCAGGCAAGGCCUCUUGCAGCCGACAGGUUCACAAAAUACGUUACAAAGGUCAUGGAGCAAAAAGUCCGUGCAGAGCAGGGAAAGACAGGGGCAUCAGAUCGCCCCGAUGCCAGCCGUGUAAAGUCUCCUGUCAUCCUCUAUCCGCGGAUUAGGAAGGUUAUGAGGUAUGACAUCGCACCAUCUGCAAAGGCCGGAGAGCUACAGGAGAUCGCUGAUGAAGCGAUGAAGAACCGUAUACUCCGGGAAGAUGAGAUUGUUUUCUUCUAUAUGGCUGCCCUCUUCGACGUGGACAAGCCUGCCCUCAGCUAUGUAAAAGAGUGCGUACCCGUUCUGCGAGAAAUCCUCACGAAAGACGACGGGCUUAGCAUUCUUCAUUCACUGGACUGCAUUACGAGGAAGUACGAAGAGGAGAUGCUGAACUCUAAAACAAACCUUCUGUCUGCUAUCUUGUUAGAGCUGUAUAGAUCCGAGCUCAUUGAUAAGAACGCCGUCAACGCCUGGAUCACUGACGUAACAAUUCCAGUGGUUCCAGUUGAGUACCACGAACGCGUUGUAGAGGCUGCGGGGCCUUUCCUAGAUUGGCUCGAAAAACAAGGUGACGAGGAGUACGAUGAAGAGGAAUACGAGGAGGAGAGCGACUAG